GUUCGCGCGAGAGCGGGAGCGAGAGCGAGAGCGAACGAGCGAGAGAAAGCAAGAAGCCGGAAUUUGCAAGCCCCCGCCGCUCCCUCCCCCCUCGCCUCUCUCGCCGCGGCUCCCACGCUGCUCAUUCGUCUCUCGGGGCGCGGCGGCGGACGCUCGCGGCCGUCGUUCGCCUUCUCGACGCCGCGAUGGACGCCGCGCGCUUCCCUCCGCUCCUCGAGGAGGCCUCGGACGCCGCAGAUGAUCUGAGCGGGCUCAAAGCGGACAGCGGCCUCGCCGCGGAGCGCGUCGCCUUCGAGGGGAAGGACCACCACCACCGCCGCCGCCGCGAGAAGGUGGAGACGGAGCGCCAGCCGACGGGGCGGGACGGCGACGAGCAGCAACUGGACGAGCUGAGGGCUCAAGUCCCGCAGCUGCUGCUGGAGCUGGACCGGGCCAGGGAGGCGUCCGGGAAGCACCGCCGCAGCUUCCUGGAGCUGCAAGGACUGUUGGAGGACGAACGUCUGGCCAGCGCCCAUCAGGCCGAAGCCUUCACUCGACAGAUCCAGAAUCUGCAAGCCCAGCUGCGCUCGGCGCGGGCGGAGAUGGACGGCCUGGAGGAGGAGGAGAAGGCCGGCGAGCUGGCCGAGGCGCGGGAGGAGCUGCGCGCCGCCCGGGAGGAGGCGCUCCUGCUGCAGCAGGCGGCCGAGGAGGCGGCGGCCGAGCGCGAGAACGACAUCGCCUCGCUGCAGGAGGAGCUGUGCCGGCGCAGGGCCGAGCUCCGGCGCCUCGGCGACGACGCGCGCGAGUACGAGCUGGAGAUCGCCGCGCCAAGGGGCGACAUCGGCGUGAAGAGCCGGCGCGGGAAGCCCGGACGACGGAGGGUGAGUACAAUCAGAAGCCACGCGGACGCGGUGACUUGCCGUCUCCCUGAAGCCGCCCUGUCCCACCCAGGCGACGCGGACCCGCUGAAGGGGGAGUGCCGGACCCUGCGGGAGGAGUGCCGGGCCCUGAAGGAGGACAACCGGCGCCUAUCGGAGAGGCUGCAGCUGCUCCGCAGACAGCGGACAAGCCCCAGCGCGUACUUGGCCCCCAAGGAGGAAGAGGCGGGCACCCAAGGCGGCCAGGGGACGGAGACGCCCGCUGACGAGGUUGUGAGCGACAGCUACAUGACGGUGGGCCGGGCGGACGCCUCCGUCCGGAAGAACGGCGGCGGCGGGGAGGUGGUCUCGCUCCGCGAGCAGCUGAAGCGGGCCGAGGAGAAGGCCCGGCAGGUUCAGAGAGAGUGCGACGCCCUGAAGUUGGAGCUGCGGGAGCUGCAGGAGCUCUACGACGGCAGUCAGAGGGAGCGCCGCCAGCUGGAGGAGGAGCUUGGGCGCUGCAAGGCGGAGCUGGAGAAGUUGGCUGGCGGCGAUCCGAGCUUCAUCCAUCCGUCUGAGCCCCCUGUUCUCUCCAUCCCCCUCAUAGGAAUGAUUGUAAUAGUGGGCGUGGUCUGGUGCUGGCUGUCCGACUUGGCGUCCCGGAGAGCAAGGGGAGCGAGCUAGCUUGGAAGUCCAUCUUGACGGCGGCCGCCGUGCUGCUCGCGACGAGCGGCUUGUUGAGGGCGCUCGCCCGGUGUUGAGCGACGGCUUUUUUGGAACGGACGGCCAGACGUCGCUUCGGGAGAGGUCGGCGUCCGCUCGCUCAAGGUGACGAAGGAGCCCCCGGGCGCGGCAGGCGUUCCGCGCCUUCGUGGGGGAGGCCCAGGACGGCCGCCGCGGCGAUGCCUUGAGGACGCCGUCACUCCUCCUCUGUGAAUAUUCGCUCUCCUGGCUUUUGGCCUCCCGUGUGCCCCCAGUGGAUCGAUUUCAUCGCUAUUUCGUGAUUCGUUUGUUGCCUUCCAUAUUGUGUUUGUUCAAUGCGCCAAAAUGUCUUUUGGGUUUUUUUUCCCCCUUUUUCUGUCGAUGCAAAGUGAUGUUGGUGACCAGCUCGCAAUUAAACUGACAUGCGACACGAGGCACGCGUGUCUUUAGACUUGUGAAUGCCAAGCGACCAGGGUGGAAGCCCAAAAGGCCAACGCGACCUUCGCAUUGCUACCUUUGUUGCAAUUUCAACUUUAUUUUGGGUGCAUACAUUCUUUUGACGAUUCAAAAAAUUCAGUCGAAAAAAAAAGGAUAACUCUUGCUAUUACAAGUCCUCAUUGAAGUCUUAUUUAAUUGACUGAUAACUUUUUUUUUUUUUACAUUGGGUUGUUAUAAAUUUUAACCGUAGACAACUCCCUGCAGAUGGACUUUUCGGGGAAAAUGUAUUUGAAAGUUGGCCCUCGAAUGGAUCGCAUUGGCCGGCGCCGCUUCUGCUGUACUUGUGACUCGAUUCACCGAGCUGCUUUUGCAUAUUGAUCCAUUUGGCGUUGUUAGUUUUCACAUCGUUGAGGAGCUCGACCUUGAUUGGCACUGACUUGAGAAAAUAAAGAGAACUUGCCGCCCUG